GCCCUAGAACCGGAAAACACGAAGCUGAAAAUUUCAUUUCUGCCACUGUCUUCCUCUAUAUAUUCCCGAGCAGCAUGGGAUGCUGCAGCGCGGGAAACACACGGGAGAAACUCCGAGAAAAUAUUUUCUUUACCUGGGAAAAGCAUUUCAGGUCUCGGCUUCUCUCUGAUGGCGAACAUUGAUCAAGAUCAGCAGUGGUUGCUCAACUGUUUGAAUGCUACUCUGGAUACCAAUCGAGAGGUUCGAUCCUUUGCUGAAGCCUCGCUCCAGCAGGCCUCUCGUCAGUCAGGUUUUGGAGGUGCUCUAUCCAAAGUUGCUGCCCACCAGGAGCUUCCAUUGGGACUGCGGCAGCUAGCAGCUGUCCUUUUGAAGCAGUUUGUUAAGAAACACUGGCAGGAAGAUGACGAUGCAUUUGAGCAUCCACUUGUUUCAAGUGAAGAAAAGGGAAUCAUACGCAGACAUCUUUUGCUAUCAUUGGAUGACUCUCACAGGAAAAUCUCCACAGCAAUUAGUAUGGCUGUGGCAUCCAUUGCCCAAUAUGACUGGCCAGAUGAUUGGCCUGACCUGUUACCAUUCCUCCUAAAGUUGAUUAAUGAUCAAACUAAUAUGAGUGGGGUGCAUGGAGCUCUACGUUGUUUGGCUCUUCUCUCUGCGGACUUGGAUGACACAGUGUUGCCAACAGUGGUGCCCAUUCUCUUUCCAUGCUUGCAUACAAUUGUAUCGUCUCCUCAGAUUUAUGACAAAUGCUUGCGUUCAAAGGCCCUUUCGAUUGUAUACUCUUGCACUUCUAUGCUGGGGGUGAUGAGCGGUGCAUAUAAGGCAGAGACCAGUGCAUUGAUGAUGACAAUGCUUAAGACAUGGAUGGAUCAAUUCUCCAUAAUAUUAGAACAUGCAGUGCAAUCUGAAGAUCCUGAUGAUUGGAGCAUCAGAAUGGAGGUUUUAAAGUGCUUGAAUCAAUUUGUUCAGAAUUUUCCAAGGCUGACAGAAGCAGAAUUUAUGGUUAUUGUGGGUCCAUUGUGGCAAACAUUUGUGUCAUCUCUGAGAGUGUAUAAGCUAUCAUCAGUCAAUGGAGAAGAAGAUCCCUAUGAUGGACUAUAUGACUCUGAUGGUGAAGAGAAAAGCCUUGAAUCUUUUGUCAUUCAGUUGUUUGAGUUUCUGUUGACUAUUGUUGGUAGCACGAAACUGGUGAAGGUGGUUGCGAAUAAUGUGAAAGAACUGGUGUAUUACACUAUUGGCUUUCUGCAGAUGACAGAACAACAAGUUCACACUUGGUCGCUGGAUGCUAACCAGUAUGUUGCUGAUGAGGAUGACACUACUUAUAGUUGUCGUGUUUCUGGUGCUCUUCUAUUGGAAGAGGUGGUUAGUUCUUGUGGUAGGGAUGGAACUGAUGCCAUCAUCGAUGCUGCAGAGAAACGAUUUGCUGAGUGUCAACAAGAAAAAGCUACUGGUUCUGCAGUCUGGUGGAGGAUGCGGGAGGCAACUAUUUUUGCUUUGGCUUCGGUAUCAGAACAAUUUCUUGAAGCAGAGGUAUCGGGACCUACAAAAGCCAGAUUAGGAAACCUUCUCCAGCAAAUAUUCUCUGAAGACAUUGAAACAGGAUUUCAUGAAUAUCCUUUCCUUUGUGCUCGUGUAUUUUCAUCAGUUGCUAAAUUCUCUUCUGUGAUCAGCCAUGGUGUUCUUGGGCAUUUUAUUUAUGCUUCUAUCAAGGCAAUUGGCAUGGAUGUUCCUCCACCUGUUAAAGUUGGUGCCUGCAGGGCACUUACAAAGCUCUUACCUGGAGCAGACAGAGGAAUUUUCCAGCCUCAUAUAAUGAUCUUAUUAUCAUCAUUGGCAGAUCUUCUCAACCAAGCGUCUGAUGAAACCUUGCACCUGGUGCUUGAAACACUGCAAGCUGUGGUAAAGGCAGGGCGUGAAGCAGCUGAAUCAAUAGAACCCAUUCUCUCUCCUAUCAUCCUUAAUGUGUGGGCAUUGCAUGUCUCCGAUCCAUUUAUUAGUAUUGAUGCUGUUGAGAUUCUUGAGGCGAUAAAAAAUUCACCUGGUUGUAUUCAUCCACUAGUUUCUCGUAUUUUACCGUAUAUUGGACCAAUCCUAAGUAAGCCCAAACAUCAGCCAGAUGGAUUAGUAGCUGGAUCAUUGGACUUGCUGACGAUGCUGUUGAAGAAUGCUCCUACUGAUGUCGUAAAAGCAAUAUAUGACGUUUGUUUUAAUCCUGUUAUCCAAAUCAUCCUUCAAAGUGAUGAUCAUAGUGAAAUGCAGAAUGCAACAGAAUGUUUGGCCGCCUUUGUCUCUUGUGGAAAACAAGAACUCCUUGCUUGGGAUGGUGAUUCUGGAUUUACAAUGAGAUGUUUGCUUGAUGCAGCAUCAAGGCUUCUAGAUCCUGAUUUGGAGAGCUCUGGUUCGCUUUUUGUUGGGAGCUACAUUUUGCAACUUAUUUUGCAUCUUCCGUCACAAAUGGCACAGCAUAUCCGAGACCUGGUUGCUGCUCUUGUUAGGCGUAUGCAGUCUUGUCAAAUAGAAGGCCUGAGAAGCUCGUUGUUGCUUAUUUUUGCUAGACUGGUUCAUUUGAGUGCUCCAAAUGUAGAAAAAUUUAUUGAACUGUUGGUCACCAUCCCAGCUCAAGGCCACAAUAAUUCCUUUGUUUAUGUGAUGUCAGAAUGGACUAAACAGCAAGGGGAGAUCCAGGGGGCCUAUCAAAUUAAAGUAACAACUACUGCUUUGGCACUAUUGCUUUCUACCAGGCAUGUUGAAUUGGCUAAAAUCAGCGUCCAGGGUCACCUAAUUCAGUUCAUGAAAGGGAUAGCCACUCGCUCAAAAGCUAAACUUGCUCCAGAUCAAUGGACACUGAUGUCGCUUCCUGCAAAGAUAUUGGCUUUAUUGGCGGAUGCGGUGAUUGAGAUUCAAGAGCAAGUUCUGGUUGGGGGUGAUGAGGACAGUGAUUGGGAAGAUGUUCAGGAUGGGGAUGUGGAAACAGAUCAAGAUUUUCCAUAUUCAGCCAGUGCUACGUCAUUUGGGAGGCCCUCAUAUGAACAUCUUGAUGCAAUGGUUAAAGUGUUUAGUGAGAAUCAAGAGGACGGGUAUGAAGAUGACAUGCUAUUUGCAGCAGAUCCCCUUAAUGAGAUUAAUCUAGCAAACUAUCUUGUGGAUUUCUUUGCAAAAUUUUCUCAAAGCGACAGGCAGCUGUUUGAUCAUCUUUGCCAGAAUCUGACUGAUCCUCAACGGAGGGCCAUUCAAGUCUCACAAAAUCAAAGAUGAGUUUGAUCAUUGUACCAGUUGUGGUUUGCUGGGUGCAAGUGCGUAAUUGAUUUGUUCAAUGACAUAUUUUCUGGCCAGAUUUUGCUUCGAGGCAGGGGGGCUUUCAGUAGAGUUUGUAAAGCCGGAUUUCUUUGUUCUUUUUACAACCUCCCGGUUGUUGCCUUUCUGUGGGUUGUACUACUACUUGGCCACUGUAUUUUGUAAUUAUUAUUAUUAUUAUUAUUAUUUGCCGAGUGUAUACAUCCCUUUCUUGUGAUAUUACAACCAUUUGUUUGUGUUGCAAAUGCUUAAAUUACAAUGAUUCAGAGAUUAGUAAUUCGUCC